CUCUCGUUCUCUCGCCAAUACCUACGCCUAUUUUCUGCUCCGUGCUCUGAAAUGAUGCUACAGUCGGGCCCAGAGGCUGCCAACAGGCUUCUCAGCUUCGUCAACGCCUCGCCUACGCCCUUCCACGCAGUGCAGGCCGCUGCAAUCCGCCUCGAGAAGGCCGGUUUCCGCAAGAUACAAGAGAAGAACGACUGGGAAAGGAACCUGAAGGGCGGGGACAAGUACUACUGGACCCGCAACCAGAGCUGCAUUGUCGCAUUCACCAUACCUUCCAAUUGGAAGCCGGGCGCUGGCGUGUCAAUUGUUGCUACCCACAUUGACAGUCCGAAUCUACGGGUGCGCCCUAUCUCCAAGAAAUCCAAGAUGGGAUACCUUCAAGUGGGUGUCGAGACAUACGGCGGAGGCAUCUGGCACUCCUGGUUCGACCGCGACUUGUCCCUUGCCGGCAGGAUUAUCCUGAAGGAUAAGAGCGGCGCGUUCAACUCUAAGCUCAUCCGCAUUGAUAGGCCACUCCUCCGGAUCCCUACCCUGGCCAUUCACCUGGACCGCACUGCCAACGAUAACUUCAGCUUUAAUCAGGAGACGGAGAUGAUUCCGAUUGUAGGCAUGGUCGAGUCGCAACUCAAUCCGCCCGCGGAAACUCCAGUUACAGCUGCGUCGAGCGUGCAAGCGAAUCACCAUGCCGCGCUUCUCGCCGUCUUGUCGGAAGAGCUGUCUGUCGCACCAGAAGACAUCCACGACUUCGAGCUGCAUCUCUACGACACCCAGCCGUCUGUCCUGGGCGGUCUGAAGAACGAGUUCGUUUUUAGCCCUCGCAUGGACAACCAGUUCUCAUCGUUUGCAGCCUUGGACGCUAUGGCGACAUUUGCCUCCUCUCCUUCCUUCUCUACGGCCGAGGGAAACGUGAACUGCAUCGCGCUCUUCAACCACGAGGAAGUAGGAUCCGUCUCGACGACCGGCGCCGAGUCCUCGCUCAUCGCCUCACUGCUCAACCGGCUCUCGCCCACGCCCGGUGCAUUCGCGCAGAGCAUUGCACGCUCGUUCCUCAUCAGUGCGGACAUGACGCACGCAUUCCACCCGAACUACGCCGGGCGUUACGAGGACAACCACUCGCCGUGCAUCAACGGUGGCGUCGUCAUCAAGACGAACGCGAAGCAGCGCUACGCGACCGACGCGAUCGGCACAUUCCUCGUCAAGAAGCUCAUCGAGCGCAAGGGCGGGAAGGUGCAGAACUACGAGGUCCGCAACGAUAUGGCGUGUGGAUCGACGGUCGGCCCCGGACUGUCUAAGCUGGGCGUUCGGACGGUUGACGUCGGUUGCCCGAUGCUCUCUAUGCACUCCAUACGGGAGACCGCAGGCGCGCACGACGUGCAGAGUGCGAUCGACCUGUUUGUCUCGUUCUUUGAAGGCUUCUCGGAGCUCGAUCAGAGCCUGCUCGUGGACUAACGGACAUUCUGAUGAAUUUCAACUGGGAGGAAAGCAAUAAAUUGAUCCUAUGCGGGCGUUGAACGUUGAACACUGGAGCAACGAACGAUAGCAUACGGUAAUACAUGCAAUGCCCUC